CGGAGGCGCCCGAAUGCUGUCCGGGUGAGGGCUGCGGCGCAGCUAUUAUGCGUUAAGCGGGCGCCGUGAAGAGAGACAUUGCAGGGCGCCUGCGCCAAGGGGCUCGCAUGCGCAGAGGGACGAGCCCGCUGACAGAUUCGCGGUGGCGGUGGCGGCGGCAGCGGCCCUGGACUGCGGGGAAUGGGAAUCCUAGGUCUUUGAGCACCGCCCCCGCCUCCGUGCCCGCGACAUGGCUCAGGAGAAGAUGGAGCUGGACCUGGAGCUGCCUCCGGGCACGGUUGGGAGCCCGGCGGAGGGCGGCGGCAGCGGCGGUGGCGGCGGGGGCCUCAGGAGGUCUAACAGCGCCCCCCUGAUCCACGGCCUCAGUGACACUUCGCCGGUGUUCCAGGCCGAGGCGCCGAGCGCCAGGCGAAACAGCACAACGUUCCCGAACCGCCACGGCCUGCUACUACCAGCCUCCCCCGUCCGCAUGCACAGCAGCCGCUUGCACCAGAUCAAGCAGGAGGAGGGCAUGGACUUGAUCAAUCGAGAGACCGUCCACGAGCGCGAGGUGCAGAACGCAAUGCAGAUAAGCCACUCCUGGGAGGAAAGUUUCAGCCUGAGUGACAACGACGUGGAGAAAUCCGCCUCCCCGAAACGCAUCGAUUUCAUUCCGGUGUCGCCAGCACCGUCACCCACCCGGGGAAUUGGGAAGCAGUGUUUUUCACCAUCCUUGCAAAGUUUUGUGAGUAGCAAUGGAUUGCCUCCAAGUCCUAUUCCCAGCCCAACGACCCGAUUUACUACCCGGAGAAGCCAGAGUCCAAUUAAUUGCAUUAGACCAAGUGUUCUUGGACCAUUGAAAAGAAAAUGUGAAAUGGAAACUGAAUAUCAGCCAAAGAGAUUUUUCCAGGGCAUCACCAACAUGCUUUCUUCUGACGUUGCACAGCUGUCAGAUCCUGGUGUGUGUGUAUCUUCCGAUACCCUUGAUGGAAACAGCAGCAGUGCCGGAUCUUCUUGUAAUUCACCAGCGAAAGUCAGCACUACCACCGACUCUCCUGUGUCACCUGCCCAAGCGGCCUCUCCAUUUAUUCCAGUAGAUGAACUUUCAUCUAAGUGAUUCACCCACCCAUCCUGAGACUCGGUUUUGUUUUUGUUUUUGCAAUGGAGAGAAAAAUGAAGUUGGAACAAGCACUGAACUUUGUCGAUUAAUUUGAGGCUAUUUCCUAUUUUACCCUUUUCCUUUUUUGGAAUUUCCUGAAAUGUUGUUAUUCUAGAGAACUUUUAUGUCAGAUUCCUGCGGGUGCCCUUGAAUUCAGUGUAGUAAUAUUUUCAGACGUUUUCCCAAUAAGUGUGUUGAAGCAUACAUCUUUACGCUGCUAAUAUGUCUAAAUACAUAUGUUAUCCCUUGAUUUUUUAAAAUAACUGAGAGCUCUAUUUAUUUAUGCGAUUAUUAAGUUCUGAUGCAACUAUAAAUGUUGAAUUAAUCAGCAUAGUAAACUGAUGUUUUAAAAUUCCAUACUUCAUGCCCACACUAAUUUUUAAUGUUAUUUUCAGUGAUUGCUAAUUUCUAUUUGAUGAAGAACAAUAACUUACCUAUAUACAGGUAUUUUUAAAAUGUUAGUUUUAUCCAUCCAGUGGUUGUCUGUUUUACCCAGGAAUCCUUGAAUAUUUAAUUUUCUGGGUACAGAAGUGGAUGGGGGAUGGUGAUAAAAGAACAGAAUAUAAAAGUUUGCAACGAAUCUUUUAAAAUUAAAUAUAUAAAAGUAAACAUAUUUAAAAAAACAUUUUCUAAUGAAAUUUUAAUAGUAAUUCUAAUAAGUUGUACAAAUAUAACUACUAUA